AUGAUGGAUCCUUCGGAGAACAACUUGUUUGAUCUUCCUGAUUAUGAGAACACAGAAGAUGAAACGUUCCCACCUCUCCCACCUCCUUCCUCUCCAGGAAGGGAUGAUGCGGAAUGGGCUCAAGCUAAUGGAGAACCGGAUGGGAACCAGCAGUCACAAGCAAAGGAUUCUGCUGCAGCUGUACGGAAAGCAUUUAAAAGGCCAGUGCCUAAACUAGAUGCCCAGAGGCUAAUCUCAGAAAGAGGACUUCCAGCCCUAAGACACAUGUUUGACAACGUAAAGUUCAAGGGUAAAGGGCAUGAGGCAGAGGACCUGAAGACUCUCAUACGACACAUGGAGCACUGGGCUCAUAGGCUAUUUCCAAAACUGCAGUUUGAGGAUUUUAUUGACAGAGUUGAGUCUUUGGGGAACAAAAAGGAAGUUCAGACCUGCCUAAAGCGGAUUAGACUUGAUCUUCCUAUUGUACAUGAAGACUUUGUAGAUAACAAAGAUAGAGAAGGGGAAAGCAAUGGACUGGAUACAGCAGCUGAAGAUGGAGGUUCCAGCUCUGGAAAUGCAGAACAGCUCAACUCUGUGUCUGCUACAGCUCUCACAGAGGAGCAGCAGGAGCGAAUCAAGAAGAACAGGCAGCUCGCCUUGGAACGCAGGCAGGCCAAGAUGCAGUGCCACAGCCAGUCACAACACAAUGAGCUCUCCACUGGUUACUCAGAAGAGGAGUUUAACACCCCUGUUGCUAAUGAUCCUGCUGACCUUAUUGAAGACACCCCAGUUACUGCAGUCAAGGUUGCUGUGGAUGAAGAUACAGAAGCUGGAGACACAGAUUUGGAAUGUGCCAGUGAAAAACAGUAA